CUGAGCACGCAUGCGCAGUGCGGCCGCUGUUUGUUAUUGUGGGCGGGUUGCGGGCUGCGUGUGGAUGUGCAGUCCGUGUACGGCCCGGAGGAUUGUAGUGGCCGGAAAUCCGCGAUAUAGAGGAGCUGGUCGAAGCGGUACAGCGGGGUGACGAGAGGGCCCGUGUGCGGGCGGGUGAGCGCUGUCAGCAGGAGGCGCUGUGCCGAGUGACGUGAGCGGAGAGUGGGCCGGAGGCCUCGGCUAUGCAGCCCGGGAGACAGUGAGGAGACGCAGACAGCUUGACUUCAUCUAUUUUCAAAGGGAACCAGUAUGAGCGCAAAAGAGAAACUGGAGGCCAUGUUGAACGUGGCCCUGCGCGUACCCAGCAUCAUGCUGCUCGAUGUCUUGUACCGAUGGGACGUCAGCUCCUUUUUCCAGCAGAUCCAAAGAAGUAACCUCAACAACAACCCUCUCUUCCAAUACAAGUACUUGGCGCUCAACAUGCAUUAUGUCGGUUACAUUCUGAGUGUGGUACUUCUGACUUUACCUCGACAACACCUUGCUAAGCUGUACCUCUAUGUUGUCACUGCAUUACUGCUCUAUGCUGGACACCAGAUAUCCAGGGACUAUGUCCGCAGUGAGCUGGAGUCUGGCUAUGAGGGACCUAUGCAUCUAGAGCCCCUGUCUAUGAACAGGUUCAUCACAGCGCUAGUAGGCCAGAUGGUUGUGUGCACCCUGUGCUCCUGUGUGAUGAAGACCAAGCAGAUCUGGCUGUUCUCAGCUCACAUGCUCCCCCUACUGGCUCGUCUCUGCCUCGUCCCCAUCGAGACCAUUGUCGUCAUUAACAAGUUUGCUAUGAUUUUCACCGGACUUGAAGUGCUGUACUUUUUGGCAUCCAACCUGCUGGUGCCCUUUAAUCUCGCUAAGUCUGCAUACAGGGAGCUCGUUCAGGUUGUAGAGGUCUAUGGCCUCCUUGCUCUGGGAAUGUCUCUAUGGAAUCAGCUUGUGGUCCCAGUCCUGUUUAUGGUGUUCUGGCUCGUCCUUUUCGCACUUCAGAUCUACACGUACUUCAGUACACGGGACCAGCCAACUUCCCGUGAGAGGCUGCUGUUCCUCUUUCUUACAAGUAUUGCUGAGUGUUGUAGUACUCCGUACUCUCUCCUCGGUUUGGUUUUUACCGUUUCCUUCAUGGCUCUUGGAGUGCUGACCCUCUGCAAGUUUUAUCUGCAAGGAUAUCGUGCAUUCAUGAAUGAUCCUACAAUGAACAGAGGAAUGACUGAGGGGGUGACCCUGCUCAUCCUCGCUGUACAGACCGGACUGAUCGAGUUACAGGUGGUCCAUCGUGCUUUCCUCCUCAGCAUUAUCCUCUUCAUAGUGGUGGCCUCCAUUCUGCAGUCUAUGCUGGAGAUUGCCGAUCCUAUUGUCCUGGCCCUGGGAGCGUCUCGAGACAAGAGUCUGUGGAAGCAUUUCCGAGCGGUCAGCCUCUGCUUGUUCCUCCUGAUUUUCCCUUCUUACAUGGCCUACAUGAUCUGUCAGUUCUUCCAUAUGGAUUUCUGGCUCCUGAUAAUCAUUUCCAGCAGUAUCCUUACUUCUCUUCAGGUACUGGGCACGCUCUUUAUCUACGUUCUCUUUAUGAUUGAGGAGUUUCGCAAGGAGCCAGUGGAAAACAUGGACGACGUCAUUUACUAUGUGAACGGCACUUACCGCCUGCUAGAAUUCCUCGUGGCUCUGUGCGUGGUGGCCUACGGGGUCUCGGAGACAGUGUUCGGAGAGUGGACCGUAAUGGGAUCCAUGAUAAUCUUCAUUCACUCGUACUAUAACGUCUGGCUGCGGGCUCAGCUCGGAUGGAAGAGUUUCCUUUUACGCAGGGAUGCGGUCAAUAAGAUCAAGUCUUUACCCAUUGCCACCAAUGUACAACUGUUGCAACACAAUGACAUCUGUUCUAUAUGCUAUCAGGACAUGACUUCUGCGGUCAUCACCCCCUGCAGCCAUAUUUUCCAUGCUGGAUGCCUUAAAAAGUGGCUGUACGUGCAGGAGUCGUGUCCCCUAUGUCACUGCCAGCUAAAAUCCCUGUCUCAACAACCGGGCGCCGAGUCUGGAACCGUUGUCAACUCCGCACCAGAUGCCAGCGCACCCAAUCCACAACCCGAAAACCCCUCUAGGGGCGUUGAAAACAACGUGGUCCCCGCAGAGGCAGAUCCUGCAAACAGCAGUGCAGAGUCUGCACAGAACAGAGACACUCAGUCCACAGAACCUACAGAGACAAAUCCAGAACAGACAGAGAACAGUCUACCUAACGACACGGGGGGGAGAAGGCCUGAUAGCAGGGAGGAGCAGGCCGAGGACUUCAGAGAGAACAGUUUUUCCAAAGGCAGUGAGGUCCGUGCAGGGAUCUGAAUGUCAUCCGCGUACUGGGACUUGCCAUUUCUAAGCCAAAAUCCCAUCCUUGCCACGUGCGGCGUUCUGCAGUUCCCGGAGAGGAUGUGAGGACUUUAGCACUGACACUCAUCAAAAGCGUAUGCAAAAAAAUUUUUUUUUGUGUGUGUGUGUUCCCCGCCCCCAUGUACAUUUAUUUUUAUUUUUUCUCUUAACGUUUCAGUAUCUGAAGAAGAGAAGUAAAGCGAACAGAAUAAUUCUCAUCGCUGUCAGCCACUGCCAAUGGACACACAGAGUACUGCUUACGCCGCUGGGUGCUUUCCAUGGUGCGGGAAUUUUUUUUCCCCCUUUUUUUAAUUUUUCUCAAAAUUUUGGAAAAUAAUUCUUCCAACUCGGGAGGAUAUUAGGCCAUCAACGUUUACACAGGCAAAAAAAAUAUUAGAGAUGAGCGAACUUACAGUAAAUUCGAUUCGUCACGAACUUCUCGG